UUUCUCCCAUUGUACAUGUCAGAAGAAUUUAAGAUAAGAAUAUAUUAUGAUGGUAUACUCUUGAGUACUGAUACACUUGGAUGGUCCGAGGUGAAUGCUCAGUUUAUUGUGUUUCAUAUCAACUUUGACAUUUGUACUUUUUCAUUUAGGUAUCAUAAAGAUGAAAGAAUGACAAUGUUGAACUUUGGUUCCUAUAACUACCUGGGUUUCUCACAGAACACUGGCCCAUGUGCUGAACAGAGUUUAGCUGUUACACACAAAUAUGGUAUUAUGUCUGGAGGCAGCAGACAAGAACUAGGACAUUUGGAUAUCCAUGAAGAACUAGAUAACCUGGUGGCAGAUUUCCUAGGUGUGGAGGCAGCCUUCACGGUGCCUAUGGGGUUUGCUACAAACUCUAUGAAUAUGCCUUGUCUAGUCCAAAAAGGCUGUUUAAUCCUUAGUGAUGAGUUGAAUCAUGCCUCUCUUGUACUGGGAAGUCGGCUGUCAGGAGCCACCAUCCGAACCUUUAAACAUAACAACAUGCAAAGUUUAGAAAAGAAAUUAAAAGAUGCUGUAAUACAUGGUCAGCCUAGAACACAUAGACCAUGGAAGAAAAUACUCAUUGUUGUAGAGGGAGUCUAUAGUAUGGAAGGAUCUAUAAUUUGUCUACCAGAGGUAAUACGACUGAAGAAGAAAUACAAGGCAUAUUUGUACCUAGAUGAGGCUCACAGUAUAGGGGCUAUGGGUGAUCAUGGUAAAGGUGUUGUAGACUAUUUCAACCUCGACCCUCAUGAUAUUGAUAUAAUGAUGGGUACAUUCACAAAAAGUUUUGGAGCUGCUGGUGGCUACAUCGGAGGGUCAAAGAAGUUGAUAAAUUACCUGAAAGUGUCAUCCCAUUGUUCAGUGUAUGCCCCGUCCAUGCCACCUCCUGUAGCCCAGCAGGUUAUCUCUUCCAUGAAAAUCAUUAUGGGCCUUGAUGGAACAAAUGAAGGAAAACGAAGAAUACAACAGUUGAAAUGGAAUUGUCGUUACUUCCGUAGAAAUUUACACGAACGUGGAUACAUAAUAUAUGGCAAUAAAGAUUCUCCCGUUGUUCCAUUAUUGCUUUUCAUGCCAACUAAACUUGCUGCCUUCAGUAGAGAAUGUCGUAGUAGAGCCCUUGGUGCGGUCGUAGUUGGUUUUCCUGCCACACCUAUUACUAAAACACGAGCCAGAUUCUGUUUGUCCGCCGCCCAUACAAAAGAAGAUAUUGAUGAAGCAUUGAAAAUCAUAGAAGAGGUAGGAGAUCUUAUCCGGCUGAGAUAUACUCUAAACUUCCAGUACCUGACUUCAGUGAGAAAGAGAUAACCCUUGUUGAGUGAACAAAGAUUGGAGAACAACUGUAGAUAUUUUCGUCAUAAAAGGGACCUGUUGAUAACUCUGUCUUUCCAUCAUCAUUAUCGUAGUUACAGAAAUGGAAAAUCAAAAAACAUUGUCUUCCUUUACAGUAUAUCAAGAGAAAUAAAUCAAACAUGUCAUGCAUAUGGGUCGCAGAAAUUCUGAAAUUGAUUGGUGUGCUGAAAAAAUACCUAAAAGUAUGGUGAAAGACACUUAAGAAUAAAUAUUAAAAUGAAAAACAA